ACUUUUAAAUGCCGAUAUCCGUUUCCUGUAAGACGUCAACGCCAAAACUAUCCUAUUUUUCUAAUAUUUUGGUGAUUUUGGUUUCCAUCUCAAACCACGCAGUAAAAUCUAAUACAACUACCAUCAUAAUCUGAAACCUAAUCGUUCUUUCAGCUAAAUUCAUCAUGCCGCGUGGUAAAUAUACCAACCAUAAAGGUCGCAACCGUAAAUUUACUAGCCCUGAAGAACUUGAGGAACAGAGAAAGCAGGAAGAGCUAAAACAAAAAUGGAGGAAAGAACACGCAGACAGCUCUAGUGAAGAGGAAGAGUCUGGAGAUAACAAAUCAGGGUCUGGAAGUAGUGAUGAAAGUGACUCCGAUGAGGAUCAUCCUACUAAAGCAAAAGGAGUCUCUGGGCUUAUUGAAGUAGAAAAUCCAAACCGAGUAGUAAAGAAAAAUAAGAAAUUAUCUAAUUUGAAUACUAGCUUAGGAGAAGGAGAGAAACCUCAAUUAUCUAGGCGUGAACGCGAAGAAAUUGAAAGGCAACGCGCGGCGGCAGCGUAUCAAAAGGCCCACGCAGAAGGCAAGACGGAGCAGGCCCGCGCAGACCUGGCCCGAUUGGCAAUCAUCCGCCAGCAGAGAGAGGAGGCUGCCAAGCGGAGAGAGGCCGAGAAGAAAGCCAAGGAGGAGGUCCCUAAGAAGAGGUAGAUAAAUAUGAGCUCCAAUGAGAAUGUUUCACCACUCGCUGUUUUAUGCCCAUAAUCUCAGCUAGGUUAAGCUUUCAAAAUCGCCCUCAACCCCCACUAAAAAUUAAAACAAAUCGUGUAUAACUAUUUUGUCCCAAACUAAGGAAUUGCAUGUCAUUGUUAGUAAUUAAUAAAGUACGCAUAAUAAAAUACCUGUAUGUUAUGUAAAAUUUUGAUUUUGUAAAGCUUUCCUAGCGUCGAUGUUUGAUUUUUGUCCUCUUACGGGCUUAGAUUAAUAAAACCUAGAUAGAUAGUCAGUGCACGAAAGGUGAGGCAAAUUUUAGUGAGCCUGAAUGGCUCACUCGUAAACGUCACAUGAACUGUCAAAGUGAAAAAUUGGUAAACACGUCCGACGACUUUUAAUUAAUUAAGACGGUUUGUGCUGUGAAAGGGUGUCUAAAUACAUCAGAAAAACGAAAGAAAGUGACCAGUGUUACAUUUCAUAAGUAAGUACUACGAUUCGACGCGUAUUUUGCUUGAAUUUGGCUUUCAAAAAUUAAAUACGGGAAUAAUACCAGUAACAAGAAAAUUUAUUUCCCAAUUGUUCGCCGUACAAAUACACUUCCUUUUUUAUGAAAUCGAGACUUUUAAGUCGAUUUAUCUUAUUGUAAUUAGGUAGGUACUUUGAAUUCAAUAAAUAAGUAAGUACAUGAUGCGUUUUGUUUUUGUUAAUUAUAAAAUAAUUAAAAACGUAUUAAAAAUUUCCCUACUUUCGGGAAAAUCGCCUUCACUGUCUACACUCCCCAACAAAAUUGACACUAAUGACAUAAGAUUUUUACCUCACUCUUGACGAAGCGUUUGUAUAGUUCCAAAAUUCUGAACUGUCCUAUGGAUGACAUUGACAGAGGGGCGCCACCGUCAAUACCGGAUCGCUGGUUCAGAUUUUUGCCAUGUUUGAAACCAUAUAGUUGAACGAUGGUAGCGCCCCCCUGUCAUUGAGUUUGGUGGGACAGUUCAGCGUGGGUCAUCUAUAUGAAGACUAUCCAUCUAGGUUUUAUUAAUCUAAGCUUACGGGAAUAUUUUAUAUGUAAGUAAAUUAAAUUGAUGCAUUACAUCUUGAAAUAUAUUUUGUGAUGUUUAAAUAAACUUUAUAAAGUAUAUUAAAUUUGUAAGAGGGCAGCAAUGCUUACCGUGUGGUAAAAAAAUUGACAAGCACUUAAUACGACAACUUUAUACAUUGUAGUCCAAACGUUGUUGACUAUUUGGAACCUAAAUCAAGUCUGUUACAUUAAAAUAUGAGUGAGUGUAAUAUCCAGAAGGUCCUUUUGUACUCAUAACGUGUACUUGUUGCGUAUUCAAGUAGGUAAUUUUUAAUACAAAGGCGUUUAUAAGAUCUCUGUUUGUUUUUGCAAUCUUUAAGGAAUUGUUAUUACCUUCUUAAUACAUGCCAGUGUAAUAGACCUUAAUGGGCUUAAAUACAAAUAAACUCAACAUAAUAUUACUUGUUAAAUAUAAUAAUAAACGCAUUGAGUUUGAGAGUCUACUGCGUUAGCAUGCGUAAUUUUUACCUACCGAUAUUAGCGCCAUUUUUUACGAAGUAAGAAUUGUUAGUAAACCAUAACCUACAAAUACUUUUUUGACUAAUGGCCGGUUUCUGUAUUCAAAGGAUCGUCUCUCUAUCCCUUUCUAUUAUGAUAAGUUAGAACGGUAUGCUAUUUGUAACAUUCUGAGUAAUUAUAAUAGGAUGUCCCGUUCUAAUUUGAAGGUAGACAGGGACAGAUACACGGUUAAAAUCAAGCUUUUUGUAUUUGACCAAGCACUAUUGAAACCCGUGAUUAAAACUUCAGAAAUAAUUGUUGAUUAUAGAACCCGGUUAUAAUCUAGGUAGGCGUAUUACGUAGACUAAAUAAAUACUAUUUUUUGUUGUUUUCGUAAGUUCAAUUAACAAUUAUUAUACUUUCAUACUAAUACAAUUUAUUAAAUAUGGGCCAUUUGUAAAUGAGGGUAUGCAAUAAAAUAUCGUCUAUUUUAACAUUUUCCUUGUAAAAUACAUGUAAAGAUAUAAAAUAAAAAAUAAUGAGAACUUUGAAUUGUUAUUUAUAUUUUUCCAUAGUAUUCUACUAUUUAUAUUGGAAAAUUGAGCAAUAUUAGUCAAUUUAGUUAAAAUACAUGUUUGAUUACAUGAGUAUGUUUUACCUUUAUUAAUGGACUUAGGUAUGAAAAUUUCCAAUGAAUUUAUUGCUUAGUCUAUUGUUAGCCUCACUGGACUUUUUAUAAUGCAAUUGUGUAUCUGUACAAAUAAAAAUGGUAAACGAAA